UUGAUUAUGGAAGAUUCCCACAAGUGUAACACUUCAGAGACAGCACCUCAGCCUGGUUCAGCAGUUCAGGGAGCCCGCCUUUCUCAGAUUGCUCAACAGGUAUCUUUAUCAGAAAGUGAGGAGUCUCAGGACUCAUCUGACAGCAUAGGCUCCUCACAGAAAGCCCACGGGAUCCUAGCAUGGUGCCCAUCUUACAGAAAAAUUUUUAAAGACCUAUCUUCUGAAGAUACACGGGGCAGAAAAGGAGAUGGAGAAAACCCUGGAGUUUCUGCUGUCACUUCUAUGUCCGUUCCGACUCCCAUUCAUCAGACUAGCAGUGGACAGUACAUUGCCAUUGCCCCAAAUGGAGCCUUACAGUUGGCCAGUCCAGGCACAGAUGGAGUACAGGGACUUCAGACAUUAACCAAAAAUUCAGGCGAUACUCAGCAAGGUACAACUAUCCUCCAGUACGCGCAGACCUCUGAUGGACAGCAAAUACUUGUGCCCAGUAAUCAAGUGGUAGUACAGGCCGCAUCGGGAGAUAAACAGACAUACCAGAUUCGUACCACACCUUCAGCUGCUUGUCUGCCACAAACUGUGGUGAUGACAUCUCCUGUGAUUCUUACAUCUCAGACAACUAAGACAGAUGACCCCCAAUUGAAAAGAGAAGUAAGGUUAAUGAAAAACAGAGAGGCUGCUCGAGAAUGUCGCAGAAAGAAGAAAGAAUACGUGAAAUGCCUGGAAAAUCGAGUUGCAGUCCUGGAACUAAUAGAAGAGUUAAAAACUUUGAAGGAUCUUUAUUCCCAUAAAAGUGUUUGAUUCUUAACAAAGAAAGUAUUUUUGUGGACUUGCCUAAAAAUUAUAUUUGAUUUUUUAGUGGAGUUUUAUAGAUUAAAAGGUCAAAAGUGAAGCUUUUUAUUUAGGCUUUUGCAACUCAAAUAUCUUUGCAAGGUAUCUGGUGACAGAGGAUAAAGUGGAAAGUGACCUCAAGGAAGCUACUGGCACAACUGGAAGCUUUGUAAAAAUGAAACAUACUCCAGAAGCAAGAAACGAACUUUCAGCAAUUUGAAUUUUCUAAGUAACAAUAAUUUUCAGUCCAAAAAUGGCAGAUAAAGAUGAGAUUUGGUAAAUUGGAUUUUUAGAAGUAAAUCAGUUUACCCUAUAGGUU